GAAAAAAAAUCUGAGAAACAAAAAUGCCGAGUUGCUGUGAGAUCUGUUGUGAGAUUAUGAUCGCAAUUCUGCUCCCUCCGCUAGGCGUUUGUAUCCGGCACGGCUGCUGCACCGUAGAGUUUUGCAUAUGCUUGUUAUUGACGAUGAUGGGCUACAUUCCGGGAAUCAUCUACGCCCUCUACGCAAUCAUUUUCAUCAAUCCCGACGAGAGCUUCCAUGAUUACCGCCGGCGCCGCCUCUGAUGAUGUAGCCACAUUUCCCUUCUGUGUUUUUUUUUUUUUUUUUGAGUUCUAAGGGAUCGUUGACCAAAAACAAAAUAACAAAAGGGGAUCCUUAGAUCUUUUGUUGCUUGUUAUGUUUAUAAUAAAUUCUGAAUUUGUGUGA